UAUAAAUACUGGUGUUCUGUGGGGAGAGAUCAGUUUGAGUUGGGACAGCUGACAAGAUGAGGGUCCCCGCGUUUUUGGCUCUCCUGUGCUGGGUGGCCUGUGCCUCUGCCUGGGAGUGUGAUGAAAAUGCUGAACACUUGACGGCCGUCGACAUUAAGAUAAAAAGCCACGAGGAUCAUGUGAUCUACGGCCAGCUCCACGCCUGUCCACGGGCGGGGGAGGAGCUCAGCCAGAACCUCCGCUUCCGCUUCCAGAACCCGCGCAACAUCAUCCUGGACCAGGAGACAGGCAGCUUCCAGUACAGCCCUGACCGAGAACACUUCAGCGGUGUGGACAACUUUGUGUACACAGUUGAGGAUGAGGUGGAGCGCAGUGAGCCUGCCAGUGUCUUCAUCAGUCUCCGCCCACAGCCCGACGAGCCCAGGCUGCAGGUGCAGCAUGUACAGGGCAACGAAGGUGAGGUCAUCCCCCUUCACAUCCAGGCCCAGCUGGAGGAUCAGGACGGUUCUGAGACUCUGACUGUGACUCUCUGCAACUGUGGCCAGGAGGUCUCCUGCAAGUCUGACAAGUGUCGGUGCCAGCUGAGUGUGCCGUCUGGGUGGCACUUCCUGGCUGGAGGCCAGCGUGUGCACCGCAGGAACCUGAACAAGCUGACUCAGGACCAGGCCAACCAGCUCUCCGUUCGUGUACCUGAGAACUCCCAUGGCCAGUACUGCUUCGGUGUCCAUGCCACCUCGGUGGAACAGAAGGGCAAGGGCCACGUCAACGCCCAGACCAGCCAGGACAUGCACAUCACUGUCCACUCCAGGAACCAGCCACCCACCAUCACUCACCACUCCAAGACUGAAACCCUUCGCUGGUGCACCAUCUCCAGCCAGGAGCAGCAGAAGUGCCAGGAGAUGAGCCGUGCCUUCAGCAGGAGACUGAACCACAGGCUGGAGUGUGUGCAGGGACAGUCUAGCGAGGACUGCAUGUACAAGAUCUCCAACAACAUGGCUGAUGUGAUCACUCUGGAUGGAGGAGACAUCUACACUGCUGGCUCCAAGUACAACCUGUUGCCAGUCAUGGGGGAGGACUAUGGACAUGGUGAUGCCAGCUACUGGGCUGUUGCUGUGGUCCGUAAGGACAACCCAGAAAUCAACAUGAACAACCUGCGCGGGCGUAAGUCCUGCCACACCGGUAUCGGCAAGACGUCCGGCUGGAAUUUGCCGGUCGGUUGGCUGAUCCAGAACAACCAUAUCCAGGUGGACAACAGGAGGUCCAUCCCACAGACUGUGGGCAGCUUCUUCAGCAAGAGCUGUGUGCCUGGUGCCCAGAGCCCUGAGUACAACCCUGAUGGCACCAACCCUGAGAGUCUCUGCUCCCUGUGUGUCGGGGAGGGAGAAAACCGCUGUGUCCGCAACACCAACGAGCCCUACUAUGGAUACUCUGGAGCAUUCAGGUGCCUUGUUGAGGGUGCCGGUGAUGUUGCCUUUGUGAACCAUGUGACCGUGUAUGAGAACACCAACAGCCACAGUGAGGAGGAAUGGACCAGGAACCUGGAUGAGGAUGACUUUGAACUUCUGUGUCCUGAUGGCUCCAGGGGGCCAUGGCACCAGUACAAGGAGUGUAACCUGGCCCGUGUGCCUGCCCAUGCUGUCAUGACGUCCUACCAUAGCCAGAAGAACCUGCAGCAGAUUGUGGAGGUCCUGAACCAGGCUCAGCAACACUUUGGCGUUGAGGGGUCCGAUGACUUCGAGAUGUUUGACUCGAGCGAGUUCGAAGGCCGUGACCUGCUGUUCCGUGACAACGUGCAUCGCCUGGUCCCGGUGGGCCAGCGGAACACGUGGCAGAAGUGGCUCGGCUCCAGCUACAUGGAGUCUGUUGGUCACCUGAUCAGCCACGACCAGGAGAGGAACCAGCGUGUGCUCAACAAGCAGAUUCGCUGGUGUGCGACGUCUGAAGCUGAGAUGGAUAAGUGUGAGCAGAUGAGUAAGACCCUGACCGAGCGUGGCUUUGUCCCCACCAUCAAGUGUGUUCAGGCCGACAACGCUGACCAGUGUAUGCAGAUGAUCCACAUGAACCAGGCUGAUGUGAUCACCCUGGAUGGAGGAGACAUCUACCAGUCUGGGAUGAAGUACAACAUGAGGCCCAUCAUGGGGGAGGACUAUGGAAAUGGUGAUGCCAGCUACUGGGCAGUCGCUGUGGUCCGUAAGGACAACCCAGAAAUCAACAUGAACAACCUGCACGGGCGUAAGUCCUGCCACACCGGUCUCGGCAAGACGGCCGGCUGGAUCAUCCCCACCGGCUGGCUGGUCGACCAGGACUUUGUUCAGACUGACGGUCAGACUAGUCUGGUUCAGGCUGUGGGACACUUCUUCAGCAAGAGCUGUGUGCCUGGUGCCAAGAGCCCUGAGUAUGAUCCCCAGAACACCAACCCCUCCACCCUGUGCUCCCUGUGUGCUGGUGCUGGAGAGGACCACUGUGUCAGGAACAAGAACGAGCCGUACUACGGAUACUCUGGGGCCUUCAGGUGCCUUGCCGAGGGAGCCGGUGAUGUUGCCUUUAUCAACCACCAGACUGUCCAGGACAACACUGAUGGACACAACCCUGAGAACUGGGCCGCCGGUCUGCACGCCGACGACUUUGAGCUGCUGUGCACGGACGGUUCCCGCCGGCCCGUGGACCAGUGGCGCGAGUGCAGCCUGGCCCGUGUCCCGUCCCACGCUGUGAUGACGUCGGAAGAGAGGAACCAGGAGUGGGUGGAUCACGCCGUGCAGCUGUUGAAGAACGUUCAGGAGAUGUUUGGCUCGGAUGGGAACGAGCGUGGCUUCAGCAUGUUUGACUCUGCCUCCUUCGGCGGCCAUGACCUGCUGUUCCGUGACGACACCCAGCAUCUGGUGGAGGUGGGCAGCAAGGACAGCUGGGAGAAGUGGCUGGGACAGGAGUACCUGCGUUGUAUCCGCACACACCAUGCUGUGGAGCCUGUCCAGCCCCACAGCACCCUCCGCUGGUGCACCAUCUCUAGCCAGGAGCAGCAGAAGUGCCAGGAGAUGAGCCACAAUGUUAUGAGGAAUCUGAACCACAGGCUGGAGUGUGUGCAGGGACAGUCUAGUGAGGACUGCAUGUACAAGAUCUCUCACAACCAGGCUGAUGUGAUCACUCUGGAUGGAGGAGACAUCUACACUGCUGGAUCUCAGUACAACCUGGUGCCAGUCAUGGGGGAGGACUAUGGAAAUGGUGAUGCCAGCUACUGGGCUGUUGCUGUGGUCCGUAAGGACAACCCAGAAAUCAACAUGAACAACCUGCGCGGGCGUAAGUCCUGCCACACCGGUAUCGGCAAGACGUCCGGCUGGAACGUGCCGGUCGGUUGGCUGAUCCAGAACAACCAGAUCCAGGUGGACAACAGGAGGUCCAUCCCACAGACUGUGGGCAGCUUCUUCAGCAAGAGCUGUGUGCCUGGUGCCCAAAGCCCCGAGUACAACCCUGAUGGCAGCAACCCUGAGAGUCUCUGCUCCCUGUGUGUCGGGGAGGGAGAAAACCGCUGUGUCCGCAACACCAAUGAGCCCUACUAUGGUUACUCUGGAGCAUUCAGGUGCCUUGUUGAGGGUGCUGGUGAAGUUGCCUUUGUGAACCAUGUGACCGUGUAUGAGAACACCAACGGCCACAGUGAGGAGGAAUGGACCAGGAACCUGGAUGAGGAUGACUUUGAACUUCUGUGUCCUGAUGGCUCCAGGAGGCCAUGGAGCCAGUACAAGGAGUGUAACCUGGCCCGUGUCCCAUCCCACGCUGUCAUGACAUCUCCCCGCAGCAGGACAGACAUUCAGCAGAUUGUGAACUUCCUGCAGCUUUGUCAGGACCACUUUGGUUUCCAGUCCUACGGCGACUUCGAGAUGUUUGACUCCAGCAGGUUCGGAGGUCGUGACCUGCUGUUCCGUGACAACGUGCAGCGCCUGGUCCCGGUGGGCCAGCGGAACACGUGGCAGAAGUGGCUCGGCUCCAGCUACAUGGAGUCCGUCGGUCACCUGAUCAGCCACGACCAGGAGAGGAACCAGCGUGUGCUUGAGAAGCAGGUGCGUUGGUGUGUGACAUCUGAUGCUGAGAUGGAGAAGUGUGAGGUUCUGAGCCGUGUGCAGAAGCAGGGUGUGGCCUUCCCCACUGUCCAGUGUGUUCAGGCCGAUAACGCUGACCAGUGUAUGCAGAUGAUCCACAUGAACCAGGCUGAUGUGAUCACCCUGGAUGGAGGAGACAUCUACCAGGCUGGGAUGAAGUACAACAUGAGGCCCAUCAUGGGGGAGGACUAUGGAAACGGUGACGCCAGCUACUGGGCUGUUGCUGUGGUCCGUAAGGACAACCCAGAAAUCAACAUGAACAACCUGCGCGGGCGUAAGUCCUGCCACACCGGUCUCGGCAAGACGGCCGGCUGGAUCAUUCCCACCGGCUGGCUGGUCGACCAGGACUUUGUUCAGACUGACGGUCAGACUAGUCUGGUUCAGGCCGUGGGACACUUCUUCAGCAAGAGCUGUGUGCCUGGUGCCAAGAGCCCUGAGUAUGAUCCCCAGAACACCAACCCCUCCACCCUGUGCUCCCUGUGUGCUGGUGCUGGAGAGGACCACUGUGUCAGGAACAAGAACGAGCCGUACUAUGGAUACUCUGGAGCCUUCAGGUGCCUUGCCGAGGGAGCCGGUGAUGUUGCCUUUAUCAACCACCAGACUGUCCAGGACAACACUGAUGGACACAACCCUGAGAACUGGGCCGCUGGUCUGCACGCCGACGACUUUGAGCUGCUGUGCACGGACGGUUCCCGCCGGCCCGUGGACCAGUGGCGCGAGUGCAGCCUGGCCCGCGUCCCGUCCCACGCUGUGAUGACGUCUGAAGAGAGGAACCAGGAGUGGGUGGACCGCGCUGUGCAGCUGUUGAAGAAUACUCAGGAGAUGUUUGGCUCGGAUGGGAACGAGCGUGGCUUCAGCAUGUUUGACUCCUCCUCCUUCAGCGGCCAUGACCUGCUGUUCCGUGACGACACCCAGCAUCUGGUGGAGGUGGGCAGCAAGGACAGCUGGGAGAAGUGGCUGGGACAGGAGUACCUGCGCUGUAUCCGCACACACCAUGCUGUGGAGCCUGUCCAGCCCCACAGCACCCUUCGCUGGUGCACCAUCUCUAGCCAGGAGCAGCAGAAGUGCCAGGAGAUGAGCCACAAUGUUAUGAGGAAUCUGAACCACAGGCUGGAGUGUGUGCAGGGACAGUCUAGCGAGGACUGCAUGUACAAGAUCUCCAACAACCAGGCUGAUGUGAUCACUCUGGAUGGAGGAGACAUCUACACUGCUGGAUCUCAGUACAACCUGGUGCCAGUCAUGGGAGAGGACUAUGGGAAUGGUGAUGCCAGCUACUGGGCUGUUGCUGUGGUCCGUAAGGACGACCCAGAAAUCAACAUGAACAACCUGCGCGGGCGUAAGUCCUGCCACACCGGUAUCGGCAAGACGUCCGGCUGGAACGUGCCGGUCGGCUGGCUGAUCCAGAACAACCAGAUCCAGGUGGACAACAGGAGGUCUAUCCCACAGACUGUGGGCAGCUUCUUCAGCAAGAGCUGUGUGCCUGGUGCCCAGAGCCCAGAGUACAACCCUGAUGGCACCAACCCUGAGAGUCUCUGCUCCCUGUGUGUCGGGGAGAGAGAAAACCGCUGUGUCCGCAACACCAACGAGCCUUACUAUGGAUACUCUGGAGCAUUCAGGUGCCUUGUUGAGGGUGCUGGUGAUGUUGCCUUUGUGAACCAUGUGACCGUGUAUGAGAACACCAACGGCCACAGUGAGGAGGAAUGGACCAGGAACCUGGAUGAGGAUGACUUUGAACUUCUGUGUCCUGAUGGCUCCAGGAGGCCAUGGAACCAGUACAAGGAGUGUAACCUGGCCCGUGUGCCGUCCCACGCUGUCAUGACAUCUCCCCGCAGUAGGACAGACAUUCAGCAGAUUGUGGACUUCCUGCAGCUUUGUCAGGACCACUUUGGUUUCCAGUCCUACGGCGACUUCGAGAUGUUUGACUCCAGCAAGUUCGGAGGUCGUGACCUGCUGUUCCGUGACAACGUGCAGCGCCUGGUCCCGGUGGGCCAGCGGAACACGUGGCAGAAGUGGCUCGGCUCCGGCUACAUGGAGUCUGUCGGUCACCUGAUCAGCCACGACCAGGAGAGGAACCACCGUGUGCUUGAGAAGCAGGUGCGUUGGUGCGUGACGUCCGAUGCUGAGAUGGAGAAGUGUCAGGUCCUGAGCCGUGUGCAGAAGCAGGGUGUGGCCUUCCCCACUGUCCAGUGUGUGCAGGCCGACAACGCUGACCAGUGUAUGCAGAUGAUCCACAUGAACCAGGCUGAUGUGAUCACCCUGGAUGGAGGAGAUAUCUACCAGGCUGGGAUGAGGUACAACAUGAGGCCCAUCAUGGGGGAGGACUAUGGAAACGGUGAUGCCAGCUACUGGGCUGUUGCUGUGGUCCGUAAGGACAACCCAGAAAUCAACAUGAACAACCUGCGCGGGCGUAAGUCCUGCCACACCGGUCUCGGCAAGACGGCCGGCUGGAUCAUUCCCACCGGCUGGCUGGUCGACCAGGACUUUGUUCAGACUGACGGUCAGACUAGUCUGGUUCAGGCUGUGGGACACUUCUUCAGCAAGAGCUGUGUGCCCGGUGCCAAGAGCCCUGAGUAUGAUCCCCAGAACACCAACCCCUCCACCCUGUGCUCCCUGUGUGCUGGUGCUGGAGAGGACCACUGUGUCAGGAACAAGAACGAGCCGUACUAUGGAUACUCUGGGGCCUUCAGGUGCCUUGCUGAGGGAGCCGGUGAUGUUGCCUUUAUCAACCACCAGACUGUCCAGGACAACACUGAUGGACACAACCCUGAGAACUGGGCCGCCGGUCUGCGCGCCGACGACUUUGAGCUGCUGUGCACGGACGGUUCCCGCCGGCCCGUGGACCAGUGGCGCGAGUGCAGCCUGGCCCGCGUCCCGUCCCACGCUGUGAUGACGUCCAAUGACAGGAGCCAGGAGUGGGUCAACAGGGUGGUGCAGUGGCUGAAGAACACUCAGGAGCAGUUUGGCUCUGAUGAGAACGAGAAUGAGUUCCAGCUGUUUGACUCCUCCUCCUUCGGCGGCCAUGACCUGCUGUUCCGUGACGACACCCAGCAUCUGGUGGAGGUGGGCAGCAAGGACAGCUGGGAGAAGUGGCUGGGACAGGAGUACCUGCGCUGUAUCCGCAGCCACCAUGAUGUGGAACCUGUUCAGCCCCACAGCACCCUUCGCUGGUGCACCAUCUCCAGCCAGGAGCAGCAGAAGUGCCAGGAGAUGAGCCGUGCCUUCAGCAGGAGACUGAACCACAGACUGGAGUGUGUGCAGGGACAGUCUAGCGAGGACUGCAUGUACAAGAUCUCAAACAACCAGGCUGAUGUGAUCACUCUGGAUGGAGGAGACAUUCUUACAGCAGGCUCCAAGUACAACCUGGUGCCAGUCAUGGGGGAGGACUAUGGAAACGGUGAUGCCAGCUACUGGGCUGUAGCUGUUGCACGCAUCAACAACCCAGAAAUCAACAUGAACAACCUGCGCGGGCGUAAGUCCUGCCACACCGGUAUCGGCAAGACGUCCGGCUGGAACGUGCCGGUUGGAUGGAUGAUCCAGAACAACCAGAUCCAGCUGGACAACAAGAAGUCCAUCCCACAGGCUGUGGGCAGGUUCUUCAGCAAGAGCUGUGUGCCUGGUGCCCAGAGCCCCGAGUACAACCCUGAUGGCACCAACCCUGAGAGUCUCUGCUCCCUGUGUGUCGGGGAGGGAGAAAACCGCUGUGUCCGCAACACCAACGAGCCUUACUAUGGAUACUCUGGAGCAUUCAGGUGCCUUGUUGAGGGUGCUGGUGAAGUUGCCUUUGUGAACCAUCAGACCAUCUUUGAGAACACCAACGGCCGCAGUGAGGAGGAAUGGACCAGGAACCUCCAUCAGAACGACUUUGAGCUGCUCUGUCCUGACGGCUCCCGCAAGCAGUGGAACCAGUACAAGGAGUGUAACCUGGCCCGUGUGCCGUCCCACGCUGUCAUGACAUCUCCCCGCAGUAGGACAGACAUUCAGCAGAUUGUGAACAUCCUCACCCAGGCACAGGAACAUUUCGGUCAGCACAGCGAUUUCCAGAUGUUUGACUCCAGCAAGUUCGGAGGUCGUGACCUGCUGUUCCGUGACAACGUGCAGCGCCUGGUCCCGGUGGGCCAGCGGAACACGUGGCAGAAGUGGCUCGGCUCCAGCUACCUCACAUCCAUCCGCAGCAUGAUCCAUCGUGAUGAGCAGAGGACACAGCGGGUGCUGGAUAAGCAGGUGAGGUGGUGUGUGACCUCCGAGGCGGAGAAGCAGAAGUGUGAGAGGAUGAGCAGCUCCCUGGACAGCUAUGACUUCGUUACUUUCCCCACUGUCAAGUGUGUUCAGGCUGACAACGCCGACCAGUGCAUGCAGAUGAUCCACAUGAACCAGGCUGAUGUGAUCACCCUGGAUGGAGGAGAUAUCUACCAGGCUGGGAUGAAGUACAACAUGAGGCCCAUCAUGGGGGAGGACUAUGGAAACGGUGAUGCCAGCUACUGGGCUGUUGCUGUGGUCCGUAAGGACAACCCAGAAAUCAACAUGAACAACCUGCGCGGGCGUAAGUCCUGCCACACCGGUCUCGGCAAGACGGCCGGCUGGAUCAUCCCCACCGGCUGGCUGGUCGACCAGGACUUUGUUCAGACUGACGGUCAGACUAGUCUGGUUCAGGCCGUGGGACACUUCUUCAGCAAGAGCUGUGUGCCUGGUGCCAAGAGCCCUGAGUAUGAUCCCCAGAACACCAACCCCUCCACCCUGUGCUCCCUGUGUGCUGGUGCUGGAGAGGACCACUGUGUCAGGAACAAGAAUGAGCCAUACUACGGAUAUGCUGGAGCUUUCAGGUGCCUUGCUGAGGGAGCCGGUGAUGUUGCCUUUAUCAACCACCAGACUGUCCAGGACAACACUGAUGGACACAACCCUGAGAACUGGGCCGCCGGUCUGCACGCCGACGACUUUGAGCUGCUGUGCACGGACGGUUCCCGCCGGCCCGUGGACCAGUGGCGCGAGUGCAGCCUGGCCCGCGUCCCAUCCCACACUGUGAUGACGUCCAACGACAGGAGCCAGGAGUGGGUCAACAGGGUGGUGCGUCUGCUGAAGGGCGUUCAGGAGCAGUUUGCUUCUGAUGAGAAUGAGAAUGACUUCCAGCUGUUUGACUCCUCCUCCUUCGGCGGCCAUGACCUCCUGUUCCGUGACGACACCCAGCAUCUGGUGGAGGUGGGCAGCAAGGACAGCUGGGAGAAGUGGCUGGGACAGGAGUACCUGCGCUGUAUCCGCAGCCACCACACUGACACGCAUUCCAGCAGCGGCCAGCAGCUUGCCCUGAGCACCAGCGAGGGCCGUCCCGUGCUUCUGUCCAACCUGCGCAUUCAGGACGCCGAGGGUCACAACGGUCGCUACCACGUCCACGCUACCGUGAACCAAGGGGGACACCUGUGGGUCAGGGACGGUCUGGACUCCAUUGUCUUCACCUCUGAUGCCAAGUCCAAGACUACCAACCAGCAUGAUACUCGACAUCAUCGUCAUCAGGACUCCCACCAGCGUUCCGAGGAGAGUGAGCUUUCUAGGGAAGACAGCUCUUCACAGGAACACCCCAGGAGGCACCCCAGGAGCCACGAGAGCCACAGCCAGGAGAGGAACCACCAGGACAGCAACCCCCUGUCUCACAUGUGGGACAGCCUCUGGAAAAUGUGGGACAGCUCGGACGAGAGACAGCACAGCUCUGAGGAAAGCCAUAGGGACAUGGCCUGGCAUGAUGUCCACACCAGCACUGAGAAGGAGAGACAGGAACUGACUAUGGAUGAUGACUUUUACCAGCACUACAAACACCACCACUUCCAGUACUCCAAGAAUGGCCGCCCUUCUCUGUCCUUCUCUGGUGACCUGGCUGCGGUGCAGAAGGCCCUGUCCAGCCUGGUGUUUGUGCCGUGGUGCCAGCAGUGGCCGACUCCCCCCAACUGGGACCUGCCUCCCACCACCUGGAUGUUCCCCAGCGAGGAGGACCAGACUCGGUCUGAGGACCCCAACCACCCUGUCAUCUGGCCUGCAUGGUACCCCCGUUUCUGGUACCCGUUCCCCACCAAGUCGUGGACCUGGUGGCCGCGCGUCCUGCCGCCCUACUGGCUGAACCAGCAGUGCCAGGACUGGACCAGCAUGAUCCACAUCUCUGUGUCCGAAGAGGCGCCAUCUAGCUGCGCCAGCCGGCAGGACAGGCGUGACCGCCCCGUGACUGACAUGGACAUCCCUGUGCACGUCCAGUCCCGCACCAACGGUCCCAUCAGCCUCAUCCCAAAGAACCUCUUCUACUACUUUGAUUCUGAAGCGGAGUCCGUCCCCAUCAACGACAUCCACAUCCGCUCCCAGCUGACUGACGUGAACCUCCAUCUCAAGUUCAACGUCAUUGAGGACCAUCUUGCUACAGUCCAGGCUGAAAGUGUGGAGGCCCCAGAGUUCACCUGUACGUCUGUGGAGGAGUGUAAUGAACACCUGCGCACUGUGAAGGUCCACUUCAGGAACGGUGUCAGGGCCACUGACAUCUGCCACCUAGGCAUCCAGAUCAGCAUGUUCAAGGACAACUCUGACGUCCCGUCUGACCUGCUGACAGUCUGGGCCUACCAGACGUCUGGGCGAUGCGUGGAUCCGUGGGCCACCAACAGUAACUUCCACCUGAGCAACGAGAGGAGCCACACCAACCAGGGACAGACAGUUGACAUCAACCUCAUCCCUGAGGACCUCAGCAACGAGGAGUCUCUGAAUGGUAUCCUGCAUGUGACGGUCCGUGCCCCUCACGGCCUGGUGACCUACACCGCCCCUGACGGCCUGCGCACGUUCGUGGACCACAUGGGCGUCCGCCAGCGCAUCCCCACCAACCUGUGCCUGUCCGGCCCAGCCGAGAUGGUGAAGCAGGCCCUGCAGACCGUCAGGUACACUCCCAUCAGGGCGUUCACAGGCACAGACAGCAUCACCAUCGAGUACGGAACCACACGCACCGCCAUGAGACUGUCUCCAGAUAAGAUCCACCCCAGGAUGACGGUUGUGCAUAAGGUGGAGGUGAGGCCUGUGUCCUCCCCCAUCCUGGUCCAGGCCCCGUCCCACAUGUGCGUGAACCAGCAGCAGCGCCCCCUACCUCACAUCGACUCCAACCUGGAACUGCAGAGCAUGUGGCACAAGCCGGCUCCCAACAUGGUGAAGCUGACGGUGACAGCCACCAGUGGUGACGUGAACAUCAACCAACACAAGCUGCAGCAGGAGUUCCACCCCAGCGAGUCCUCACAGGAACACCACCAGGACAUGGUGCAUCUGGAUCUAGAUGUUGAGCAUCGUCAGCGUCCGUCCGGCUCCUGGCUGCAGGUGACUGCGGAGGACUGGGUGGUGCGCCACAUCCUGCACAACCAGCUGGUCUGGUACAAGCCCAACAAGUGUGUGUCAUCCCAGCAGCCCAUUCAACACGAUACCAUCCACGUGGAGGUUGAGGAAGUGAAGUCUGAGCAUGUGACGUCCAGUGAGAUCCAGGUGACUGUGGACUGCCACCAGCCCCAGCAGCAGAGAUGGCAGGUCGACGGUGUGUCCAGCAGUGAGCAGCAGUCUCAGGAGCAGGCUAGCUCAGAAUGGUCCCUGGAGCUGAGUCCCUGGUCUGUGGAGCAGUCCUCAUCUGAAGCGGAGGUGACUUCUGACUCAGAGUGCACUCCCACCGAGCCCUGGAAUGACUGGUCCGAGUGUGAUGCCGACAGCUGCCAGAUGGGCAGCCAGUGGCGCGAGAGGCGUACCCGCAACACCAACCCUGCCUCCAACCGCUACUGCCAGCCGCAGCGCGAGACCAGGCAGUGCACCAACUGUGGCUGUAAGCCUGUGAGGCAAUUUGUGAAGCACCCUGCCCCCAGCUUCCAGGACUGCCAGACCGUGCGCCAGGUGCCCCGCUGUCCCGAGACCUGCCGGCCAACCAAGACCAGCUUUGCCGAGGAGCAGUUCGACUGCCGCGGACGCACCCUGAACAAGGACGUGCUGAUCCACGAGGCCUGCGCCUGCGUCGAGUGUGCCGUAAAACACACCAAGGAGUCAUGGCACUCCUCCGAGCGUCAGCCAUCUUCCAACGAGCGGUGGAGCGACGAGCUGGGCUUCCCCUGGUACUAGAUUUGAUAUAGUACCGUUCUACCUUGUGCCUUCCAUGUUUUUAUAUGUUGAACCCUUGUCACCUAUACUUCUCUACCAAUAAUCAGGAAAUUUAUAUGAAGCCAGUGAUGAAGGGAUGCAAUCUGUCCAUGGUUUGUUAGGGCAGGGCACCCAAUUAGUGCAAUGAGAUAUGAAUGGAUUUAUUUUGUGUGCUUGCAAGGUUUAUAUGAGAACUGGUUUCUGAGUUCUGAAGCUGUGCAUUUCAUGCAGUGCUGCUCUCGCUUUUGAUACCAUUUGUUGUACUUUUGCAUCUUUGAAAUAAAUUGAACAGGAAUGUCCAGA